AUGAUCCCAUCAGAACAUCUCCUAAACCUAUCCUCAUUUGAGCUUGCGCUCCACAAAUGGCUUCGCAGUCACCAAUCUUUGCCAGACGCGGCAGCUUUGGCCUUGUUCCAUAUGGGCUUUAUUGUCUUGCACACAAAUAUGACCAUGUUGCAUCGCCUAGCACGCAUAUUCAGUGUGGGCGAGUCGCCUAAAAAUACGAUACUGGAUGCAGCGCAUCAAUGGAAAUCAUCGGCUGGUUGCGAGGUUGCCUUGAGCCAUGCGACGGACCUUAUAGAGGUAAUUGUAUCUCAUUCUGGCAAAAUUAAGUCGCCUAGCUUCAUCAACCGCAACGGCUUGGGAGAAUAUCCCAAGACUGAAGGUGAGGCACCGCAUCUGGCUAUCUGUGGUUUCUCUGCCAUCCUCGUCAAAUGGACCGCCGAAUUACUACAGCCAAUUCCGGAUAUUGAGGCAGCUAAAGGUAUUCUCAAAGUAGGCUGUGAUAUGCUACAACGGCUCCAUCUCAAGAUCGCCUCUGGAUUCCUGAGAAUUUUGAGACUUCUCCAAGAAGCAAGCCCGGCAUAA